GGCAGUCGGAAGAAAUCCUGAGCGCCAGGGAGACCGAUCGGCUGCACCUCUACCCACCCCUGCGCUGCCAACAGCUUCCAGAAUGAGUUUCCUUCUCUUUGGGGUCACAGCCCUCCACGUUCUUAUCCUCAUCUUACUCUUUGUAGCCACCUUGGACAAGUCAUGGUGGGUUCUGCCUGAUAGAGAAACAGUGAACAUCUGGUAUGAAUGUCUGAUAGAAAACCAGCGCCAGAACUGGACAUGUCACCCAGUGUCUGAUAGUAAAUGGCUUCAUGGAGUCCAGGCAUUCAUGGUUUUAAGCCUUCUCUUCUCCAGCUUGGCUUUCAUUAUUUUCAUGUGGCAGCUCUACACGAUGAAGCGGGGAAGCCUGUUUUAUGCCACAGGAAUUUUCCAGAUAUUGACUGCUGUCUCGGUGUUCACAGCUGCCUUGAUCUACACUAUCCAUGUGGACACGUUCCAGCGUGGCCGAAUGCCUGGCGGCUCUUACGGUCACUGUUUCAUACUAGCCUGGCUGUCUUUUCCCUUGGCCCUCAUCAGUGGGAUUGUCUACAUUCACCUUCGGAAAAAAGAGUGACUGACUAUAGGGAAGCCUCUCCGUUUAUCUUGGAAGGAGACUUGUUAUCCUUUCAAUUUAGCUAUGCAUUCAUUCUUUGCAGUUUUCGAAAGCACUCGUGGCACAAAAUUCUAUGCAAUGGGUAACUUGAUCCGUGGGAGUUCUUGCACUGUAAGUGCCUGAUUUUCAUUUUGCAUACGGGUAGUCCUCGACUUAUGACCACAAUUGAACCCAACAUAUCCGUUGCUCAGCAAGACAGCUUUGAAGUGAACGGGCCCCCAUUUUAUGACCUUUUUGCUACAAUUGCUAAGCGAAUCACUGCAGUUAUUAAACGAACCAUGUGGUCCUUAAGGGAAUCCAGAUUCCCCAUUGACCUUGUUUGCCAGAAGCCAGAUGGGAAAGAUACAAAUGAUGAUCAGAUGACCCUG